AUGCUGUGUCGUCAAUUUAUCAGGACUGCCCUGGGAUCCAAAGUGCGUUUACGUCCUUUCCACAGCAGCUCAACAUUGCUCGCGAAGAAGCCGGCUAAGGCAGGCAAAUCAACAGGUGGUAAAGGGAAGAAAGGGAAAAAUACUGAGAAGAAACUCCUCCUUGGUCGUCCGUCCAACAAUCUCAAAGGGGGUAUUGUCGGUCUUGCGAACGUCGGAAAAUCCUCAAUUUUCCAAGCAAUUUCGAAAUCCCAUCUAGGGAAUCCAGCGAACUAUCCCUUUGCUACCAUCGAUCCCGAAGAGGCUCGAGUGAUCGUUCCUUCUGACCGUUUUGACAAACUAUGUGACGUUUACAAACCAGAAAAUGCCGUGCCAGCGACUUUGACUCUUUUCGACAUCGCAGGACUUGUGAAGGGUGCUAGCAAAGGAGAAGGUCUGGGGAAUGCAUUCUUGGCGAACAUUCGGGCGGUCGAUGGCCUAUUUCAAGUAGUGAGAGCAUUUGAUGAUCCUGAGAUUACGCACAUUGAAGGCUCCAUCGACCCUACACGUGACCUGGAAAUUGUGACGCAUGAGCUGUUAGAGAAGGAUAUUGAAUUCGUUCUUCGUGCUCUGGAAACAGCAGAGAGAUCUGUAAAGGCUGCUGCAUCUCAAAAGAACUCCAUGGUGUUGACCGAAAGGAAAUUUGAACAAUCUGUUUGCGGUAAAAUACUUGAGCACCUUGAAUCUGGGAAGAAAGUGUACCACGGGGACUGGACAAACGACGAAAUCCGGUUCAUCAACACUCUGACACUACUAACUGCGAAGCCAACGGCAUAUAUUGCUAAUGUUUCUUUCGCAGACUACAAAGCUUUUAUCACGGGAGGCAAAAAACUAGAUAACAUCAAGUAUCUGUCAAGCAUUCGGAGGUGGAUCGAUGAAAACUCUCCUGGCGACCUAUUAGUGCCUGUGUGUGUCGAAUAUGAAGUGAGACUUUUCGAGAGCUCUGAAGCAGGCGAGGAGCUUGACACUGCUUCAACUGUUCCAAGUGCCAUCGGACCCGCAAUUUCUUCUCUUAGAAAAGCUCUGAACCUCAUCUCAUUUUUCACUGGCUCGCCCCGGGAAGUUCGAGAAUGGACAAUUCGACAAGGCUCCACAGCACCUGAAGCAGCUGGUGUCAUCCAUGGGGAUCUUGAAAAGACGUUCAUUGUUGCUCAAGUUACAAAAUUUGAUGAUGUAAUCUCCCACAAGGGUGACGAAGCGUCCCUCAAGUCUGGAGGUAAAAUUGCGAACAAGGGCAAAGACUACGAAAUGGAAGACGCAGACUGCGUUAUUUUCAAGGCCGCCAACGGCAAGAAGUAA